UCCUCCCGCACGCUGCGCUGCUUUCUGUUUGAGCGCCUUCUUGUUGUUGUUCUGGAGUUUGGACGGACUCCGACACUCUGAUCUGAGCCGUCACUCACCUGCCGGAUGGAGACGGACAGCCUGCUGUCCGGCAGCCUGGACGGAGCCUCCGGGGACUAUGGCUCCGGGACCGGCUCGGAGCGCGGAGGGGCCCCGGGCGGCAGGAGGAUGUCGUACUCGGUGUCCGGGGACUCGUGCAGUGUGGACAGGGAGCCAGGUGACGAGGAACUCUACAUCCAACAGGCUGUUGUGUUCAUCGAGGACGCCAUAAAGUACCGCUCCAUCAACCACCGAGUGGAUGCAGGCUCCCUCCGCCUGUAUCGAUGGUACUACUCUGGGAUAAUCCAGUGGGGUCUGGGUCUGACCAUUGCGGCGGUGCUGCUCCUGGCCUUCGUGGAGCGCCCGUCCUCCUUCUCCAUCUCCUCGGACCCCCGGCAUCGCUCUCCAGCCUGGCAGCCUCCCUGCGGCCUCACCGAGAGCAUCGAGAUGAUCUGCCUCAUCAUCCUCUCUGUAGACGUCGCUGUUAAGAGUUAUUUGAUUGGCUGGGAGGAGUUCAGGAAGAACAAAUGGUUGAUUGGCUACACUGUGGUCAUUUCGAUCUCUGUCAUGGACUGGGUGCUGUCCGUCAGCAUGGUGUGUGAUGAGAAACUGAGGGUGCGGCGGCUCCUGCGGCCGUUCUUCCUCCUGCAGAACUCCUCGCUCAUGAAGAAGACGCUGAAGUGCAUCAAGAGGACGCUGCCGGAGAUCGCCAGUGUCAUCCUGCUGCUGGCUCUCCACCUCUGCCUCUUCACUAUGAUCGGCAUGCUGCUGUUUGCUAAAACUGAGGACCCGAAGAAGAACGGCGAGUGGGAGUUACACUUCAGAAACCUGCCGAGCUCCCUGACGUCUCUGCUGGUGCUGCUCACCACAGCCAACAACCCUGAUGUGAUGAUCCCCGCCUACUCCCUAAACAGAAGCUACGCCAUCUUCUUCGUGGCCUUCAGCGUCAUUGGAACCUACUGUCUGAUGAACCUACUGACAGCCAUCAUCUACAACCAGUUCAGGGGAUAUUUGCUGAUGUCGGUCCAAACGUCAUUCCUCAGGAGACGACUCGGGAUCCGGGCAGCUUUCCAGGUCCUCACCUGUCAGGGAGCCCGACGGGCUGCUGGGGAGCGCAUUCGUGUCGACGCUGUGCUGGAGGUGAUGUCCAGGGUCAAGAUGAAGAGAUACUACAGAGCAGCCAUCACUACGGUAGCGCAGCAGUACGAAGACGUCGGCUUCAUGGAUCGAGAGCAGUUCACCAAGAUUUUUGAUGAACUUGAUAAAGACUGCAUCAAGGAGCACCCUCCUCUGCCUCAGUACAGCUCUCCCACCCUGCAGAAACUCCAGCUGAUCUUCAGUCACUACUAUCUCAUUUUGUUUGGAAACGCUGUGGCUCUGGCCAAUGUAGUGUGUAUAUGUACUGUCCUGGUGUUGAACUCUGAAAAGUCCACAGCAGAGAGAGACAACUUCGUCUUGGAGAUCAUCAACCUGUGCUUCAUCCUCUACUACCUGUUUGAAAUGUGUGCGAAGAUCUUUGCGUUCGGCUGGCAGGGCUACCUGUCCUACAGGAACAACAUCUUCGACGGCUUCCUCACCGUCCUGUUGUUGGCCCUGCAGAUCACCAUUUUUAUCACCUACAGGCUUCCGUAUUCUCAGUGGGAACCCUCCACUCACGGCGUGCUGUCGCUGUGGGAGAUGAUCCGUCUGGUCAACCUGCUGAUUGUUUUCCGCUUCCUGCGCAUCAUCCCGGACAUCAAGCUCAUGGCUCUGGUUGCCAGCACGCUGUUGGACCUGGUGAAGAACCUGCGAGCGUUCGCGGGGAUCCUGGUGGUGGUGUACUACGUGUUUGCUGUGUUUGGGAUCUGGCUCUUCGAGGGCGCCAUUAAACCUCCUCCUGAGUCGAGUGUGCCGACCAACACCUCCAUGGAGAACAUCACCUCCAACUUCAGCGUGGCGUGCGGCACCUACGAGCAGCUCGAGUAUUGGCCCAACAACUUCGACGACUUUGGCGCUGCCAUCAUUUUACUCUACGACGUCAUGAUCGUCAACAACUGGCAGGCCUUCAUCGACGCCUACAGCAGAUACACCACAGAGUGGUCCAAGAUCUACUUCGUGUGUUGGUGGCUCAUCUCGUCGGUCAUGUGGGUCAACUUGUUCGUGGCGCUCAUCUUAGAGAACUUCAUCUACAAGUGGGACCGCAGUCACAGCUGCUCUGUGAUGGAUGUGGAGAGGAUCAGAUAUGAAACCUCGGUUCAGCUCAUAUUCAGGGAGCAGAUCCAGGAGCCCACAGAGGAGGAGUUGGUGUGCCAGCUGCACCAGCAUCCACACUUACAGCUGCAGUGGUGACGGCGGCGCCCGGCCGCAGCGCGGGCAGGGUGACGCUCUGCCGCUAGUUCAUUUUUAAGUUCCUGUAAAAUAUUAAAUGCAAAACGUCUGCUGAGUCCAGCGGGAAUCCCUCUUCUGAGUAUUUCCAAGUCAAACCCCUGCAGUGAAGUCCCGUCCUGUUCUGAGGAACACCUGGUUCAUUUAAAUCAAACUGUGAAAUCACAAAAAGCUGCGGCCGCGCUCGCGUUCAAACUGAAGUGUGAGCAGCUGCAGCUUUUAAUUGGCCGACCGGAGCGCUGCUGAGCAGAGCUGAAACCACAAACCCAACGGCAGCGCGAGUCCAUCAGAUUUGCAUGCAGACAAACGGCCAAUCAAAUCCAAGAACACCGUCUCGUCAAAGCGGCGCCGUAGCCUCCAGGAGACGCGGGUCUCCGUUCACUGCAGACUGAAACCACCUGACAGAGUGGUGUUACGCAGCGCACACUUUCACCGCCAGCUUUACUUCAGACUGUUUGGUGUGAAAUCCUCGCAGACGCGCGCAGGCUCGGGUCAGAAAGGUCACUUUAGGGAAACACAAAGGUUUAAAAACCUGUUCGUUCAUCGAGUUCAGGGCGGAGCCAGAGGCUGACACCUUUCACAUGUAAGGAUGAUGACAUGUUAAAUCCAUCACAGAUCACUGCAGGUUCACAAGAACACGUCUUUUUACUCUUUCUGAGCCAAACGUUAGACGGAGACAUGUCUCCAUCACUGCGAGACGCCGAGCAGAUGGUAAUGACUUCUAGGCUGUGAGUCCAGCUGUGGAGAUGUCAGCCUUGUCUUCAGUGUCAUGGAGAAAUAGUGCCAACACCCGCGUCGCUGAGGAAGCGUGACUCUGUCCACGAUGACAGGAAGCCAUGUCCCCACGCGUGGACAGAAACAUCAGUGCUCAGGUUUUUGUAAAGGUCCAGGUGUCUUAGAUCUGUUCUAAGAAGGGAGACGUCUGCCAAACUGGAUAAACAGCACUGCAGGCUACGGGGAGCACGUUUAUUUCAAAUCCUCUAAAUCUGCACAUAGAGACACGAGCUGCAGGGACCGGCUCGUCCCACAGGUCCGUGUUUCCUGACUUUCUUAGAGAUGCAUGCGUCGUCUGUGGACACUCGCAGCCUGAAGCUUUCCUCACUUCCUGCUCUGACCUCGUCAUCAGCAGCGACAAACACAUCAGAGGAAAAUGUUGCAGAUCGGCUGGAGCUGAGUCGCCGCUGGGCGUCUGCCGCUCGGUUCAUUGACGUUUAACAUAGAAACGCUGCCGUGUGCACAGGAAGGACAUCACUCAUGGUUUCUGAUGCCCGAGCUGGAGCUGCAGCGUUGUUCUUUAGAGGUUUUUCCGCUUCGUUCGACUCGUCGGUGCCACGUUUGUGGGGUUUCCCGUCAUGUGAAGGACAAAUUGUCCAGAAACCAGGAAACACCUGAAAGCAGUGACCUGUCUGAGACUUUGUUUUGUCUGUCAGGAAAUAAAAAAGUUGUUUUUCUUGGAAUGACACCAGAUCUGAUCUCUGCUGUGUUUCUGGCCCGAGGCUGAGCGUAGCAGAGGUUUCCCUGAAACCUGACGUCAGACUUCCUGCUGAUGGUCAGCAGGACACACGCAGCACGCCGAGGAACACACGGCCGCGCCUGUUCAUGAUUUCUGCUGUAUGUGGCGUUCAGGGCGUGCCGAGGCUUUAGACGAGCGUGUUCUGAGAGUUUAGUGGUGCAGGGCUGCUACCUCCAAGGGUAAAAAGGGAAAAACUCACUUUUUGUAUGAAUGUCUCAAAAACAGAUUUGAAAUAAAUAUU